AUGAAUCUGCUUAGAGCAUUCUUGGCGCUAGGUGCCGUGGGGCUGACGGCUGCUCAGAACAACACGGCCCCCGCCAACAGCACCAGCGUCGGGCCGCCCCUUAUUCGCACACCUAUUCCCCGGCCUAUUGCUCCCGUCAUUCCUGUCAUCCCCACCAAUGUUUCAACAGUGGUGCCCUGGAAGUCAUACAAUGCGACUGUUAUUGUUGUCAAGUCGUUCACGACGUGGUGCCCCGGACCGACGGUGAUUGUUGUCAACCACAAAUCGUAUACGGCAAAGGGGCCUACUAUGCUCACCAUCACCAAUUGUCCCUGCACAAUUACGAAGCCCGUGAAGCCUCUGCCGACCCCAGUUCCUCCGCCGGUCGUCAAGCCGACUUCAUUUUCAUACCCCCCUGUGGUCACGCAAAGCAAAUCUCCGAUUCCCGUCGUUCCACCCCCCGUGGUUCCUCCCCCGCCAGUCGCCUCCUCGCAAGCCGUAUCACCACCGCCAGUCAUGCCACCGCCAGUCAUGCCUCCCCCAGUCAUGCCACCCCCAGUCAUGCCUCCCCCGGCCAUGCCCCCGCCGGCCAUGCCCCCGCCAGGCGUCCCUCCCCCGGCCAUGCCUCCGCCAGCUGUCCCCCCACCUGCGGUCCCGCCCCCGGUCGCCCCUGUUCCGCCAGUUGUUGAGACGUCGGCCGCUGCUGUGCCCGCUCAGCCGACAUACGUCCAGUCUGAGGCUCCUGAGAGGAAUGUCGCAGUCCUAGCUGGUGCGACGAUCGUCAUGCUCUCGUUCUUUUUCACGGUCAUGCUGUGA